UAAAAGUAAAAAGAAAAGGUUUAAUUUAAAUCGAUACUAUUAUUGAUUUUGGUGUCACCAUGUCUAAAUUGAAGGACGUUACAAGUCAUUUCAAACACUUCCGGAGUUGUCAUCUGUACCCCAGCAACAACGUUCAUGAGCCCUUCGUCUAAAAAAAAGCUCAAACACCACUAUUCAUCAUGAGUACUAGAGCUUUAAAAUAUGCCAAGCGCCUGGUGUAUGUCUCACUAUUUGGUGUAGGAAGCUUCUACACAGCAACUGUUAUAUACCCUUCUAUAGCUUGCCGGUAUAGAAAGAGUCCUAUUCUUAUAGAGCAUGAUGAAAUACAGCGUAUGAAUGCUCCUUUGCCAACCCGUGAUGAGCUCAUAAAGGGUAUAAGAUGCCAAGAAAUGGAUGUCUUGAUCAUUGGUGGUGGAGCCACUGGCCUGGGUGUCGCAUUGGAUGCAGCAACACGAGGACUCAAGACAGGUUUGGUGGAGAAAUUUGACUUCUCCUCUGGGACCAGCAGUCGCAGCACUAAACUUAUCCAUGGUGGUGUAAGGUACUUACAGAAAGCUGUUUUCAAUUUGGAUUAUGAACAGUACAAAAUGGUCAAGGAAGCUCUAGCAGAACGUGCCAAUCUUUUAGAUAUAGCACCACACUUAGCUUACCCUUUGCCCAUCAUGUUACCAGUAUACAAGUGGUGGCAAGUUCCUUAUUACUGGGCUGGUGUGAAAGCUUAUGAUUUUGUGGCAGGUUUUCAACUUCUUAAGCCUAGCUUCUUGCUGAGUUAUAGUAAAGCUCUGGAACAAUUCCCCAUGUUAAACAGAGACAAACUGAAGGCAGCCUUGGUGUACUAUGAUGGUAUGCAUGAUGAUGCCAGAAUGGCUAUUUCGCUUGCUCUGACUGCCAUUAGACAUGGGGCCUACUGCCUCAAUUAUACUGAAUGUAAGGAGCUCAUCAAAACAUGUGAGAAUGGAGUAGAAAAGAUUUCUGGGGCACGUGUACGAAACACACUGACAGGUGAAGAAUAUUGUAUCAAAGCUAAAUGUGUAAUCAAUGCCACUGGUCCUUACACUGAUUGUAUACGAUGCAUGGGAGAUAGCAAAACCAAGAAGAUCUGCCAGCCCAGUUCUGGUGUGCACAUUGUCCUCCCAGACUACUACAGUCCUGCCUCCAUGGGACUACUGGAUCCCUCUACUUCUGAUGGUCGGGUCAUUUUUUUCCUACCAUGGCAAAAUGUCACAGUGGCAGGCACAACUGAUAAUCCUUGUGAAAUCUCAGACAACCCCACUCCCUCAGAGAAAGAAAUACAGUUUAUUUUGAACGAAAUCAGAAACUAUAUCAGUCCUGAUGUUGAAGUUCGCCGUGGUGAUGUUCUCUCUGCUUGGAGUGGUAUCAGACCUCUUGUUAGUGACCCUAAUAAAUCUGAUACACAAUCUAUAGCCAGAAAUCAUAUCAUAGAAGUUUCCAAAAAUAAACUCAUAACAAUUGCAGGUGGCAAAUGGACAACAUAUCGAAGGAUGGCAGAAGAAACUGUUGACAAAGCUAUUGAGGUGUGUAAAUUAACUCCACAAGGACAGUGUAGAACAAAAGGAUUGCUGCUAGAUGGUGCUCAUGGAUGGUCGCCCACUUUGUUCAUUCGCUUAGUUCAAGACUAUGGACUAGAAAAUGCUGUAGCCCAACACUUGGCCAAUACAUAUGGUGAUAAAGCAUGCAAAGUGGCCUCAUUGUCAACCAUGACUGGGAAAAGAUGGCCAGUGGUAGGCAAACGCAUCCAUGAUGAGUAUCCUUACAUUGAGGCUGAGGUGAAGUAUGCUGUUAGGGAGUAUGCCUGUCGAGCCAUUGACAUUGUUGCCCGGCGGACAAGACUGUCUUUCAUCAAUGUACAUGCUGCCCAAGAAGCUCUUCCCAGAAUAAUUGACAUCAUGGCAGAGGAGCUCAAGUGGGAUGAAAAAACAAAGAAGUCUGAGCUGGCUCAUGCAGAGCGUUACUUAAGGACAGAGAUGGGUCUUGAUAUCAAAAAAGCUACAGAGAAAGAUGUGCCAUUAAACUUUACCAAAGAUGAGAUUAACAAUUAUGUCAGGAGGUUCAAGUCUUUAGAUGUAGAGAACAAAGGUUAUAUAUCUAUCAAUGAUCUCAGGAGGUACUUUAAGAAUAUUGGAGAGAAGAUUCAAGAAGAGCAGCUCCAUGAUAUACUGACUGAAGUAGAUCUCAACAGGAAUGCUCAAGUAGAUAUUGGCGAGUUUCUUCAGUUAAUGAGUGCAAUAGAACAUGGAACUGUUGUCAACUCCAGGUUUGCUAAAGCCUUGGAAGACAAUGAAAGAAAGACCAAGAAGAUUUCUGUGGAAAGAAGUGGCGGUGGUGUCUAGGAACCAUUCCAUCUUGAAAGCCUUUAGAAGACACUCCUUUCCGACCAUGCCCACUCCUGUGAGACUCUACAAGUCAACUUAGUAGAUCUAUUCUCUCUUCUGUUUCUUGAUAUUAUUUUGUCCCUUUUUGUAUUCAUAUAGAUGCUGGAAUUGGCAUUACCAUUAAUUUAUUUGAACUUAUGUUUAGUAAUUCUAUCAUAUGCUUGGUAGCUGAUCUUUGUUUGUGAAAAGGGUUACUAUUUACUUGAGUAUAUAUAUAACCGAAAGUGUAGUAUUUGUAGCUUUAGACUAUUUGUUUGUUUCGUGAGUUUAAAAAGUGUGUAUAUUGUCUAAUCAAGUUUGCUAUAUGUAAUGUCUGAAACUCCAUGAAUUCAUCUGUUGAAGUGCUAUCCCACAUGUUCCUGCAAUGUAGCUUGCUCUUCUCCACAAUCCUAAUGUACCUUCUGGAGAUUUUGUUUCUCUUCACUUGGAAGGUAAUUGUUGUAGCUUUUUUGAUAUCACAUUAAUAGAUUUAUGAAUGUUAUCUGGUCAUGUAUUCAUAUAUUACUUGGCCAAGGGGGGACAAUAAGCAAAAGUCUAACAAUGUUUUUGAUAUGAAUGUUUACUUGCUAUAGAUAUUUAUAUAUAUUUAUUUAUGUAUUGAUAUAACAUCUAUGGGUUACUAGAUUUAAAUUUCAUAUAAAUAUAGAUAUACAUAUUGUAUACUUCAAAGAUAUUAAAUUGAGUAUACUACCCUCAAGUGUUGGUACACUGCUAUUUAAGUUUUAUUUUGAGUUGAAUUACUGCCAUCAAAUUCUAUUCUUCAUAUGAUUUCAUAAUAUAUUUAUUUUGUUAUGAUUGUCUUUGACUUUUCUAUGUUAUUUUAAUGAGUGAAGACUCAGAAUCUCAUUCAGUGCGAGACACCAAUGAGUUGUAGUUCUUGGAGCUUUUUUAUUUAUUCUUUCCCUUUGUUUUAUUUAGGUUGGUUUUAUUUUUUUGUCUUAUACUUGUUUUAUUUUGUUCUUUGGUUAAAUACCAUGUGAUGAGAUUUUCUUGUAAAUUACAUUAAACUUGAGUAUCUAUUUACAUUUUCUAUAUCAUUAAUUUCAAUUUCUGUUUUAAUGAUGUAUUGCAUCAUUUAAUGGAUAUAUUUUCUAAAUUUACAAAUAUUUUUUGUAAGCAACAUCUUUUGUUUUCUCCACUAUGUUUUAAAAUUAAGUAAGGUAAAGAAAUACAAAUUUAGCUUUUGUGCUCUGAAAUAAAUUAUAAAUAAAUUAAAUCAUUGUAAUAAAAUCCUUUAUGCUAUGCAUGAUGCUGAUAUUCUAAAUAACUCUAAUAACAUCACAGGGUAUACAUUCCAGUAGUAUUAAUUGUCAAAAUUUAUUUUUUUAAUUUCAUUUUGUUUUUUAUUUUUAUACCUGCAUUGAAUCUUUCAUUGUUUAAAUCAACCAUUUUUGUUUUUGACUAGAUCUAUCUAUAGGAAAAAACAAAUUGAACUAGUAGUUGUGAAUAUAAAUCACUCUGACAAGCAAGAUUUCUCAUGUGGCAAUGUGAGGAAUAAAGUAGUAAAAUUGUAAAAUACCCUUUCAGACUAAGUGAUUUACAGGGGCAAAUGUUAAGCUCAUCUGUUUCUAUGGCUGAAGGUUAACAAGCGUGUCAUGUGGCUAGUACACCAACCAACCUCCUUUUUCUUACUUGCUCUAAUCUCAGGUUUGUGACUUUGAACAGACUUGAAUAUGUCUCAGCGUCUAAGUAAAAAUUAAUUGUGAUAGGUAGUAGCUCUGAUCACUCCACACAUCCAUGUUUACCACAAAGACAUCUGUCCUGUGGACCAAUAAAUUUCAAUGAACUUGUCCUCUAGUGAUUGUAAGUAAACACUUUUUUUAGGAAUGUUUUCAUGUCUGGCUGAAAAGUGAAGAUCCUUGGAAAUUUUAUUUGGACAUUCCUGCUUAGUAUUUUUAACAUUAGUAAUUAAAUUGAAUGAAACCUAUUUAUUUAUGUUAGUUUUAUAUGCACAAAUUAGCUUCUGUUUUUUUUUUUUAUAUUCUGGGGGGAAAGGGGGGGGGGAGAAUUAAAGCUGAAUUUAAAGUAUUGAAGUAUAAAUAGAAAAGAAAAGAUUUUGUACAACUUUGUUCUCUCAUACCUCCUUCCACACACACCCCCCCCCCCCCCCCCAAAAAAAAAGAUGUGUAUGAUACUGUGCUAAUAGUCAUCUUUUUUGUUUGUCUACUUUUCAUAGCUUUUCACUAGUUACCAACUUCUAUUAUGCAAUGACUCAUUUAUUAUAAUGAGCUAGAGUAUUUUAGCUUAAUAUGUUGGGGCACCACUAAUAAUAUAUUGACCGGUUCCUCCAUUCCUCUUUUUUUUUUGGGCCAGCCAUUGACCAACAGAUAAAAAUGUGACUAAAACAAAACCUACUGUAGUUUUAGUUUAAUCUCUAUGUUCUUCAUUAGUUAAAACAUCUUGUCAAUCAUGUUACAUACAGUCUUGAAUCAAAUUUGACUUAGAUUUAGAAUGUCUAUAAUUGUAGAUACAUAUACAGAACUCUCUCUCUAUAUAAAACAUGGACUUGAUCCAAGUUUGUUAAUGUUUUAUAUGUCCCUCAUGCAAAAAGAAAUGUGUAAAUAAUAAACAAUAUGUAAAUUAAGUGUGCCCUUGUACUGCAUACUCCUGUGUUGUGUGCUACACUCUGUCUAUGCCACACUUGAGGCCAUUGCUUUGACACCAGUUCCUUUGUUCUGUUAUACUCACUGUUGCAAUAUUUGUGUAAUGUCUUUUCAAAUACUUAAUCUAUGUUGCUGUGGGUUUUUUUUUCUGUUGAUAUUUUUCAAAAUAUAUGCUAAUAGUAUAUAAACUGUUGUUACCUUCAGGACAAAUAUGUAUUGUCUAUUGUGGUUGGCUGGCUGUUCAUGUGGUAUGCUGUUUGGCUGUUUUAAUGGUCCAGCACUCAUACCCUGCCUGCUGCCAUCAUCAUGUGGGAGGUUUGGACAAGGAAGUAAAUUAUCUUCCUCUCUGAAGGAACAUACGAAAAUGUCAGACAUUUGACCAACAUUUUUACAAUUUAGUGAUAGAAACUUAAACUCUUUCCAUAAGUUUGAGCAAGUCUAAAAUUUUCAGCACUAGCUUUCUCCAUAGUUUACAUAUUGUCUACUAAGCGCCAGAUUGGCCCCUCCUUCCAUAAUGUGUAAGCAGUCCCUUUUGUUUCAUUGUUGAACAUUCAAGUCUUUACUGACAAAAAUCACAUGAACUAAAAUUUCCAAAUAGUUUUCCACUGCUCUGAGACUCCUGGCUUAGAAAUUCAAAACCCUUUUUACUUUUGGACAUCAUACACUUAGUACUUGAUCAUGUUACCUAUGCUAGGACAAAUUUGUACAAAUACUCCUUCUUCCCUAGUACUAUUAGAGCAUGGAAUGGGUUGCCUGAGCUAGCCAGGAAAACCAGUGACUUGGCAGAAUUUAAGUCAUUGGUUAAUAUGCAUGACUAAAUGCAUGACGCGUAGGACGUAAUCAUCUUCUUUUUUGAAGUAACGUCUGUAUUAUAUAAGAUAAGAUAAGGUGACUUAUUAUUUUUUUUUGUAAUGUGUGCAAAAUAAUAUUUGAAGAUAAGAAACACAAAAAAUGAAUAUCUAAAAAAUAGUAUGGUAAAAUUUUCUCAGGAAAUUUGGCAACAAUGAUCUCUGAAGGGACCAUAUACCGUAUUCUCAUGCAUAUACCCUGCAUGUGCGUAUAACCCACACAAAUAUUACAAAAUAAGUAAAAAUAAAAUUUUAUGUGCACAUUUUGACAUUACUGGUAUCAUCAAAUUAGUAAAUUAGUUUACUUACUUGCUUACUUCUCACAAUUGAUUACUGGUAUAUUAAAGAUUCUCUGCAGCAUGGGCACUAUUUGUUUUCUUGAGGUUUAUAAUGAAAUGUUCAUAAAGCUUUUCAAUGUAAAUUUCACAAUCACACAGUGAACUAUAGGAGCUACAAAGUCCCACUGGUAUGUCCAUAAUUUUCCUUCACCUUGUCAUAUUCCUCUAAAUCUUUCUUAGAAAAGUUGAUACAAGCUUGCAGUGCCUUUCCCUGUAACAAUGUAUAAAGAUGACUUCCCCACUGAGUUUUAGGUAUUUCUGUAGCUUGAGCAUGCACUUCAAAUCUCGCCAAAUAUGCAUCCAUUUGAUCCACGUUCUCAUUGAAAGGUGGCUACUUUGGUUUCCAUACAGGUUUUAUAUGCUCUUUGAGUUCUCCUUUCGUUUCUCUCAGCUCCAACUCUGACUCUCAAUUUGUGUAUUUCUACAUCAGCUUUUUUCUCUUUAGCUCUUGCUUCUGCCUCUUUAGCUCUCUCCACCGCCUCUCUUUCUUAAGCUCUUUCCACCGCCUUUCUUUCUUUAGCUCUUUCUUCUGCCUCUUUCUGCCUAUUGUCUUCGAAGACUAAGUCAAGUAACUAGAUAAACAAGCCUCCAAAUAUGUCACAGCUUUCCUAUUAUAUUUAUAAUUAUAACUCGUUAGAAUCUACCUUAGGUCUCGAUACGUCUAGGUGUCCCUGGUUCAGUUCUAGUUAACGAAAUAAAACAAUUAAACCACUAGAUCAAACACAUAAACUUUAAUCAGCUUUACUGCAUAUCACACACGCUGGUCUCUCUCUCACAACACACUUCCGGUCAUUCGCGCAGAUUGUAAAAAUAGAUUAUACAUACAUACACACAUUCAUCCGUGACACUAUGUUUAUGAAGAAAAUAAAUUUUGAAACCUUGCACCUUUGUUACCCUUUACAGCUUCCAUUCGUUUUUAAAACUUGUUAAAUCCACAGUUUAUAUGCAUGAAAAUACGGUACUCAUAGAUGAUAGUGUAGUUUGUAAAUGGAGAUACUAGUUUAUUGGCUGUAUACAGGAAAAAAAAGCCCAUUUCUUGUAAGAGUUUAUGUUGGAAUACAAAUCAGAUUUGUCAGGUAAUCUUGAAGCAGACCAAAUAUGUUUGUUGAACUCUGUACAUAAAAUAUUUUAGAUAUCUCAUAUGUUGUGCCAUGCCUCUGACCUUUUUUACACAUACACUAAAACAAAUAAACAUAAAAUAGGUGGACCUACCAGUUUGUUAGGUGUAAUAAUGUUUUGAAUAUUAUGGGUGAAUAUUUUCCAUUCCUUUUAUGGAAUUUCUGUUCUAUUCAGUGUACAGAAAAAGCAUUGAUAGCUAAGUAUUUUAAAAAGCAUACCAUAAUUUAUCCACUUUUUAUCACUGCACUUAAUUUAUAAGCUCUUCUGCUUGUAGGAUGUAGUUAGUAUUUAGUUGGCAGCAGUGAUUUUCCAUAUAGUUUUGUUAACAUUGCCACAUGUGUCAUUCUCAACAGUUUUCCUUAUCCUAACAUUUUUCUUAUUGUUCCAUUCUAUCACUCUCCCAUUUCUCCGUAUUGUUUUCUUGCCUUUUUCUCUUUGACAAUAUUUGAUUUCUUGAAGAGCUGGAAAUGGAUCAUAAAAUUAUAAAAAUUGUAACCGCUUUUUUUUUUUGUUUACUGUCCUGAUGUUUCAGGGAAAAAUUUUCUUCAUUUCUAAUUAAAAUUGUACAUAGAGCCUUUUAGAAUAUUUUUAUUGCUGUAGAGAUCUUGAAUUUAUUUAUAUAGACUUAAAUAUUUUGUGUUUGAGGAGUAUUGGUUCUGUGUUAAUUUUUGUUGGCGACAGUAAUAAUUUUGUCUAAAGUACAUGCUUGUAUAGGUUUCUGUAACACUAGUGACUGAAGAGGACUGUUUGCUAGUGUGAGCUAUAUCAAUGCAAUGUUUUAUUUAUUUUUUUUUUAGUCUAACAAGAAAAAUAGUUUUGUAACCCAAGCACAAAGAUGUCACUUGUGUCUGCUAGGCUUGUGUGAGGCUACAAUUAAAAUAUAUAUAUUACAAAUGUUUCUGAAUGUCUGUGGUUCUCAAUUAUGCCUUAGUACAAAUGUUCUUUGAAGCAUAUCAUGUGAUUGGUUUGGUAUGUUUUGGAAGUCACAAUAAAUCAAAAGAUACUGUACAA